GCGAUCACUGAGGCUAUCGAUACUGUCGGUGCGCGUUCGCACUGCUCGACUUUAUUCGUUUCAGCCGUCAGCGGUGCUUUUCCGUCAGUCAGUCUUUGUAAUAUGUAUUAACUGAGGAGCUGGAGGCUUUUGUUGUUGUGCUAGGAUCUCGUUCGAUGCUUGCUCUGCAUUAUGGUGCUUUAUAUCAGUGCGAGGUCAAAAGGACCGGUUUCACAUCAUUCGGAGUUAACGUGUAUACACAACAUCAACGUUGAACGAGGACGAUGUUCAUUGAAUGGGCUGUGUAGUGCGUGGAAAGCUCAUCGAUGUUCGUUGUCAUGCCCCCCUACACUUCCGUCUUCGACUUUCCUUGCGAUGGGCUUCACCACAUUGUUAAUCAACCAUGCCCUCUUACGAUGCCACCAGUUCACCUUGGAGUCGGCGAUGGAGCUGCCCCAGGUGGCAACGUUUCUUCUGCGAUCGCAGGUGUUUACGUUUGAACCUCUUUUUCGAUACCACUCGCAUGCACUCACCGGAUGACACUGCCGUGUCUUGGCAUAUGGGCGACGCACUCUGUUG